GCAGCUCGCAGCACCAGCAUGGAGAUAUUUUUGUCUAUGGAUAUAGCUAAGUGAAGUUAGCAUCAGUAAUAACUAAAUGUUUACGUUGUCAUUACAUUUUUCUCAAAGUGGUUACCUGUUAAGUUGUUUUGCUUACUAGUGGCUUUGAUAGAAGCCGGCCCAUAGUUUGUGGUCUGUCUAAUUUUCUCUCUAACUGUGGGGGGACAUGCUAAGUUGGCUAACUUAACAGUCUGACUGUGGGACAGGCAGGCAGUGACCACUUCUAGCUGUCACACGACUAGAAAAGCGCACCAGGGUGACCGUGAUGGAAGUGGAGGACUUCGUUUCCAAAACGUUGGAGCUCCUUCAGGAGGAGCGAGAAGCUGAGAUCGAGGAAACCAGGCUUCUGCAGGAGAAUGUCUCUCUAAAGCAUCUACAGCACAAAGGUGUGUGCCUGCUGAAGCUGCAGAUCGGCAGCCAGCGCACAGGCCUCUACGGCCGCCUGCUCAUCAUCUUCGAACCCAGAAAGAGUAUUGGAGCUUCCGUGCUGCCCAGCAACAGUUUUGGUCCAGGGGACAUAGUGGGCCUGUAUGAUGCGGAGGGGUGCAGCCAGAGGUCCCAACUGGGUACAGGAGUGGUUACCAGAGUGACCCAGUCCUCCGUCGCCGUAGCGUUUGAUGAGUCGCAGGAUGGGCUCAACCUGAACAGCGACGGACUCUUUAACAUCAUGAAGGUGGCCAAUGAUGUCACCUACAGGAGACUAACAUGUGCAUUGAAUACGUUGAAUGGAUACGGCAGUGGCCCAGCCUCUCUUCUCAUCAGUGUCCUGUUUGGCUACUCUCAGCCCUCAGAGCUUUCCCAGCCGAAUGAUUUAGAGUUUUAUAACACUGGACUGGACGAGUCUCAGCGUGAGGCAGUGACCUUUGCCCUGAAGCAGAAGGACCUGGCGGUCAUCCAUGGGCCCCCAGGGACGGGCAAGACCACCACUGUGGUGGAGGUGAUCCUGCAAGCUGUUAAACAAGGAAACAAGGUGCUGUGCUGUGCCCCCUCUAACGUGGCGGUGGACAACCUGGUGGAGCGGCUGGCGCAGAACAAGGCCAAGGUGCUGCGCCUGGGCCACCCGGCCCGUCUCCUGGAGACCAUCCAGCAGCACUCCCUGGACGCCAUCCUCGCCCGCAGCGACGCCACGGACAUCAUCGCAGACAUCCGCAGAGACAUGGACAAGGCUCUAAGUGACAUGAAGAGGAGUCGGGACCGAGGCAGCAGGGCUGCACUGAAGAGGGAGCUCAGGGAGCUGAGGAAGGAGCUCAGGAGCAGAGAGGACGACUCCACCAAGCAAAUCCUCAAGGGUGCCACUGUUGUCCUGGCCACCAACACAGGAGCGAGUGCUGAGGGCCCGCUGAAGCUGCUGCCAGCCGACCACUUCGACGUGGUGGUGAUCGAUGAGUGCGGCCAGGCGCUGGAGGCCAGCUGCUGGAUCCCCCUGCUCAACGGCCGCAAGGCCAUCCUGGCCGGCGACUACAAGCAGCUGCCCCCCACCAUCAAGUCCCACAAGGCGGCCUCUAAGGGUCUGUCGGUGAGCCUGAUGGAGCGGGUCAUCCAGCGGUAUGGUGCUGGGGUGGUCCGGAUGCUGACGGUCCAGUACCGCAUGAACAGCGCCAUCAUGCAGUGGGCCUCCGACCAGAUGUACCAGGGCCGGCUGACCGCACACGCCUCCGUGGACAAGCACCUGCUCAGGGAUCUGCCAGGUGUGGCUAAUGUGGAGGACACCAGCCGGCCACUGCUGCUCAUAGACACGGCCGGCUGUGGCCUCCACGAGAUGGAGGACACCGAUGAACUGUCCAAGGGAAACCAAGGAGAGGCCGAUAUUGUAGCUCUGCAUAUCAAAGCCUUGACUGAAGCCGGCCUGAAAGCCAAAGACAUCGCUGUGAUAGCUCCGUACAAUCUUCAGGUUGACCUUCUCAGACAGAGGCUCUCCCAGACGCACCCGGAGCUGGAGAUCAAGUCAGUGGACGGUUUCCAGGGCAGAGAGAAAGAGGCCGUGGUGUUGUCCCUGGUCAGAUCCAACAGAAAGGGUGAGGUUGGCUUUUUGGCCGAGGACAGAAGAAUCAACGUGGCCGUGACUCGAGCGCGGCGCCAGCUCACGGUGGUGUGCGACUCUCAGACGGUACGGAACCACGACUUCCUCAAGUCACUGGUGGACUACAUGACGGAGCACGGCGAGAUGCGCACCGCCUUCGAGUACCUAGAGGACGUGGUGCCCCAGAACUACACCCGCGACCCCAAAGAGGGCUCCAAACAGCCCCCGUCAGCUAAGCAGAGGGACAAAGGGGAGCCAGGCCAGGGGAGGGGCAAGGAGACGAAAGGGGAGCAGGGGAGGAGGCAAGAGGCUGGGGCCAAGCCUAAAGGAAGGGACCCCCCGGGGAAGGCUCCAGGCUCAAAGCCCCUCAGCAGUUCUGGCAGGCCCGGAGAUGGGAACCAGGACCAGAAGCAGAACCAAGACCAGGCCCAGGAGCAGAGGAAGCAGGACGAGAUCCGGCAGCGGAUCCAGAACUUUGUGCGGGACGUGGGCCAGACUGAGCUGCGCUUCCCCGCAUCCCUGAACUCUCACGACCGCCUGCUCGUUCACCAGAUCGCGGAGGAACUCGGGCUCAACCACGAGAGCCAGGGCGAGGGCAAGGACCGCCACAUCACCGUGACCGCCACAUCACCGGCCGGGCCACAGGAACCCUCCUCAGAGGGGACAGGGGAACCAGAACCACAGCUGGACCGACCGACUGAUGUAGUUACUCCCCCUGACCAGCAGGGGGCAGCAGCUGCAGGGGGUGUGGACCUGAAGAGCCUGCACCUGGAGCGCAUGCGGAGGGAGCAGCAGAAGAGGGAGGAGAAGGCCAAGCUAACCCAGCUGACCCAGCAGCAGCAGCAGCAGCAGAGGGCGGCCAUAGCAGCCAUAGCAGCCACAGCAGGGAGGAGCCAGCAGGGCAGGAAGGGAAAAGGAGCAGCCAAGGGUAAGAACUGCACGAAAGCAGGCGCUACGGACAUUGCGGCGGCCGCUACUGCAGACAGUGACUUUGACACACUGAUUGACGCGGUGGUGAAGGCUGAGCGUGUGUGUGGCUUCGUGAAGUGCAAAGCUAGCGUGCUAACGCUAGGACAGCUCUGCAUCCACUGCAACAGGCAGUUCUGCCUCAGCCACCACAUCCCCGAGGUCCACGGCUGUGGGGACCAGGCCAAGGCCCACGCACGCAUGCGCAUCAGCAAAGAGGGGGUGCUGUACGCCGGCAGUGGACAGAAGGACAAGUCCAUGGACCCCAACAAGAAGGCCUACCUGCAGAGGAAACUAGACUCCAAGCUCAAAGACAUGUCUAGUCAGAGGAAAACUAAAGUCAAAGAGAAGGAGCCUCAACGAUGAGGAGCUUUUGGGACGUUUGCAUGUGUGUGGCUGCUGUGUACAAAGACACGAGUUAUUAAAUCAGUUAUUUUUAGUGUA